AUGUCCAAAACUGCCCACUUGUGCUUCCAUAUGACACAGAUCAUAUACCCGUUUCCAUCAUCAUAUGCUCAUCAGUGUGUGUACGAUGGUAGGUCGGUGUCCACCUACAGUCAUGUCAGCGCAAAGUCACCUCCCACCAAGCUCGUCGAGUUCGUAGCCUACAUUCUGCGCCCCCUCCUCUUCGUCCCGAAGCCUGCCGUACCUGCUAAUGGCGAUGGGCUCGGGACCCGGGUACGGCUCGUCGCAGUGGCGACUGCUCAGGCGAGGCCAGUACCGCCUGUAGCUCCAGUAUGCCACGACCCACCCCAGCAGCGCACCCGUGCACACGUCGUACACAUCGUGUCGGUAGUCCUGGCACCGGCUGAUGGCGAUCAUGGCCGCCCCGACGAGCGGCGACAGGCAGAGGAUGGCGCGGCCGAGGUCACCUCGCGCGUGCACCACGCGCUCGAGGUUGCCGCUAGCGUCGCCGCCGGCCGCUCCCCCGCCGCUGCUCCGGAGGACAAAGACCUUGCACUGGCCCGCGAGGAAGAGGCUGAAGUAACCGAGCCCGGCGAAGGAGAAGCUCGAGUGGCCCGAGGGGAAGGAGCGCCAGCCGUCGUGCAGCGUGUGGUGGUCCGUCUCGGUGCAGACCUCGAAGGUGACGAGCUUGUGCUCCGGGGUGCCGGCCGUGGGCUUGCAGCGCGCGACGAGGUCCGGGCGGGGCCGGCCAACGGCGUUCUUGACGAUGUCGGUCAGGGUCGAGGUCAGGACGAGGGCGAUGGCGAGGCCGAGGAUCGACACGUGGUGCGCGUGCGCGGGAGAGCGGGCGAUGAGGUUGUAGAGCAGGAUGAGGCCCAGCGGGAUGAAGAGGACGUGGCAUUACUGCAGAUACUCACCCACUGGCACGCGCUCAACUUCCGCAUGCGGGAAGGAGAUGUUGAGGUUGUCGAUCGAGAACAUGCGGUGGAACGGCUCGACGAAGAACUGGAUCUGGGGUUCCGGGGAGCACCACCGUUUAGCACCACAGCUCACGCGACCUUGCCGCUGACAGUCCAAGCGCAACCCAACCUCUGGGCCAGCUUUGUCGCCAUGCUGAAGUCAACAUACAAGCCCUCGCCGGCUGUGGCGAAUCCAUCGCCGCUCCCGCCAGGCUGGACAGAGCACAAGGCGCCGUCAGGUCAUACCUAUUACUACAAUGCCGAGACGAAAGAGUCGACAUACAAGCGGCCCGGCGCCGCACCGGAGGCUCCAGUCGCGGGAUUCGGUCCUGCCGCGCCACCUACUCCUCAAGUCAACCUGUCGGACCCACGCGUUGCGAACGCCUUCAUGGCGCAAUACAACCCGCAGCAGUUCCAAAGCCACCGAGGAGGCCGGGGUGGUGCGCGAGGAGGAGGCAGGGGCGGCCACGACGGGCGGCCACGCCCGCAGCCCACAGACAAACCCGUCUCGAAAGCCGAGAUACCGGGGUGCGAGCCGUGGAUACUGGUGUACACCAAGUAUGGGCGACGGUUCGCCUACAACCCUGCCAAGAACGCGAGUUUCUGGCGCAUUCCCGACAAGCUGAAGGCUGGGAUCCUCGAGCUGGACCAGGCACGCAUACGCGAAAAGGCAGAAGGCGGCAAACCGGCAGACGCAAAGAAAGAGGGGCAGGCUGCCGACGAUGUAGCCAGCCAGGAGGACGAAGAAGCAGAGGGUGGUCCAGAUUACGACAGUUCUGAGUACGAGGAGGUCGAAGUCACGGACGAUGAAGGAGAGGAAGGAGGGGAGGAAGAGGGCCAUGCGCAAAAGCGCCAGAGGACAGAGGAACCUACGGAGGAAGACCAGCCGGUGGAAUUCAGCGAGGCGGAUAUUGCCUUCCAGCUGCAAGCGAUGGGCGAAGACUAUGCUAUGGACGCAGAUCAAGGCUACGAAGAGGAUGAAGCCUGGGAGGAGCCACAGAUCUCCGACGAAGACGCAAGAGAUCUCUUUAAAGACCUGCUCAAUGACUUCAAGAUCAGCCCCUACAGCCCAUGGGACAAGCUGAUCGAAGAAGGCAAGGUCUUUGACGACCCGCGGUAUACAGCCUUGACGACCAUGAAGGCCCGCAAAGAGGUCUGGGAAGAGUGGUCUAGAGACAAGAUCAAGCAGCUCAAGGAGCAGAGAGCCAAGCAGGAGAAGAAGAACCCGCGCAUCCCGUACAUGGCUUUCCUGCAGGAGAAGGCCACCCCGAAGCUCUACUGGCCCGAGUUCAGGAGGAAAUACAAAAAAGAAGCACCGAUGAAGGACCCAGCCCUGUCGGACAAGGACCGGGAGAAGUGGUACCGGGAGCACAUCAACCGGCUUAAGCUACCGCAGUCGACUCUCAAAGCAGACCUCACAGCGCUGUUGAAGUCCCUGCCGGUGUCCAAGCUGAACAACGGCACGCAUCUAGACAACCUGCCACCAGAACUCACAACCGACAUACGCUUCAUAUCACUGGACCCCAAGACCAGGGACCCUCUGCUCGAGGCGUAUGUCCAGACCUUGGCUCCGCCGCCCGAGGACCUACAAGCUGCAGUCAAGGACGAGGCGGCACAAAAGGCGCAAGAGGCACGCGAGAAGCGGGAGAACGCACUACGGGAAAGAGACAGGGCGGUGGCGGAGGAGAAGAGACGGCAGCAGAGGCGACUCGAGAUGGGCAAGGCCGCGCUGCGCGAGGAGGAGCGCGAGCUCGAGGAAGCCAUGCGCGUUGGCAAGAGGGGGCUCCAGAGCCAACUUGCAGGAGCUUCGGCAGAAGCUGGCAAGCCUUCAUGA